AGAUAUUGCUGUAAUGGCGAAGUAGAAGGAGGUCGAUGAAAAAAACAGAUUUAUGAUAUUUCCUUGUAACUAGAGUGGACACAGUACAAAUAAAACAUAUUUCUACAUAGUUUCGCUAUGAACAACAUCAAUGAUAGUGAUCUUGAAAAUAACAAUACCUCUACCAUAAAUAACAAUGAAAAUAAUAACAAUAAUCCUGCUAGUGUGAAUAACAAUGUUGUCGGAGCUGGAGCUGGAGCUGUUCCUGUUGACCCGAACACUGGUGGGUCACCAGUAGAUCAACCCCAAAAUGGAGCUACUAGUCAAGCGAGUGGAGGAGCUGGCAAUGUCAGUAAUCCUUCAGAAGAAGUUGAGGAUGCCAACAUCUCUCUCAGAACUGCAAAUAAUACUGUGCUUUCAAAUGAUUCUCCAAGCUCCUCUGGCAUUGAUGCCAGUAAUAAUUCAGAAAGUACUAACCCAGGAACAAGUGUUGAUUCAGUAAAUUCUGGUACAGGUAAUGGGAGUCAGACAACUUCUAGUAGUACUCAUGCUGCCACCAAUCAAACUACAACUAGUGGUGAUAAUACAAGUACCAGUGCCGCUGGCAGUACUGGAGACAGUAUUUCUAGUGGUGUAAGUAAUACAGGGAAUAAUUCUUCAAGGAGUGGAAAUGACACUGGAAAUAAUGACAACGAAGCAAGAAAUGGUAGUUCAUCUGAGAAUAAUGCUAGUAAUGAUACCAGUACACCUGGUGGUACUAAUCCUGGGAAUGAUACUUCUACUGGUGGUAAUAAUAAUAAUACUGGAAAUAACACUACUACUGGUGGUACUAAUACUAGAAAUAAUAAUACAGGUGGUCCUAAUACUGGAAAUAAUGCCACCGGUGGUAAUACUAAUACUGCUGGAAAUAAUGGACCUGCAGGUGGGACUAACAGAACCAGGAACCGUAACCAAAAUAAUCCCAUAUUACAUGUUAGAGACAGACUGUUUCAUGCAUUAUUCUACAGAAUUGCUAUUACUUAUGCACGAGCAUUCCCUAAACCUUUAAGAAGAUUUUUAGAAUUUGCAAUACUUGUCAAGGCUUUAGUUGUACUUGGUAUACUAGUCUAUAUUCACAUUGUUUUUGCAAGAACACCAAUAAACUGUUUACAGCAUGUUCAGAAGAGUUGGCCUCGACAUGGAAUUUUACGGGUGGAGAUUGUGAAGAAUGCAUCUGAUAAUUAUAGUAUUAUUAACUCGUAUGAAAAAGAAUACUCUGAUUAUCAGUUGUUUAUUGAUGGAGACCUAGCUCAUGAUUUGGUUGGUGAACACGAUGAACCGUGGAAUGAUACAGAGCUUUUAAAUAGUGAUAAUAGUACUAAUAGAACUAUUAUUAAAGUUGAAGAUAUUAUAGGGGUAGAGGUGGCAGGAGAACAAAGUCCAGAAAAAGAGGAUGCUGAUUAUGGUAAUAUGACGACAGAAGAUCUUAUAGAAGAAAAAACAAUCUAUGAAGAAGUACCUGAAACUCUCAAAGACACGAUUACAGAGUUAGAGAUGUUAGCUAAAGCAGUAUGGCCAGAAGAAAAAUAUAUUGUAGAAUAUGCCUUAGAAUAUGGUUUUCUUCGCCUGUCUCCGAAGACCAGACAGCGUUUAAAUAUAACUGUAAUGUUAGUAACACUAGACCCUUCAAAAGAUGAGUGUUUUGGUGAUGGGUUUAGUAGGUUUCUGUUAGAAGAGUUUCUAGGUUAUGAUGAUAUACUCAUGUCAAGUAUAAAGCAACUAGCUGAACAAGAAGAAAAUAAAGGUUUUUUGAGGAAUGUAGUUACAGGGGAACAUUAUAGAUUUGUUAGUAUGUGGAUGGCAAGAAGUUCUUACGUUGCUGCAGCUUUCAUUAUGUUAGUCUUUACCAUCUCUGUUUCAACUUUACUGAGAUAUUCACAUCAUCAAAUCUUUUUAUUUAUAGUUGAUUUACUACAGAUGUUAGAAAUGAAUGCUAGUGUUGCUUUUCCAGCAGCACCCCUUCUGACUGUCAUUCUAGCUCUUGUUGGUAUGGAAGCAAUUAUGUCUGAAUUCUUUAAUGAUACAACUACAGCAUUUUAUAUAAUAUUAAUAGUAUGGAUAGCAGAUCAGUAUGAUGCUAUAUGUUGUCAUACUUACAUCAGUAAACGCCAUUGGUUAAGAUUUUUCUAUUUAUACCAUUUUGCUUUCUAUGCAUAUCACUAUCGUUUUAAUGGUCAAUACAGUGGUCUGGCAUUAUUUACCUCAUGGCUCUUUAUUCAACAUUCAAUGAUCUACUUUUUCCACCAUUACGAACUGCCAGCAAUUCUUCAACAAGCUAGAAUACAAGAAAUAAUUCAACAUGGAGGCAACCCUGGUGCACAAAAUCAACGUAAUCAGAAUAACGGAAGACCAAGAGAGGAUGGAAAUGAUAAUCCCGAAACUCAACUUCCUAACCAAAAUGGUACAACAGGAAAUGAAAAUAAUGGAAAUAAUGCGCCCGAUCAAAACCAUCAAGUGCGUGUUGCUAAUCAAGGUUUGCGAUUUAAUGCCAGGAUGUUGGAGAGAAGUGUUAAUGAUUUGUUAGCGUCAUUAAAUGCUCGCGUUAACCCAAAUAAUCCCAACAGACAAAAUAAUCCUGUGGCAUUAAACAUGGUUCGAGUUGUCACCCCUGGUAAUUUUAUGAGAACUUGUUUUCGAUUGGUGCGGAAUCAGACUAAUACUGUGACGAAUGACGCACAGACUGAAACUCAAGUAAAUGUAGAAGAGGCUUCUACUAGUGCAUCAGAUAACGUUGAAAAUUCUAGUACAAGAAAUAGUGAUAAUUUUCAACCAGCGACAGUAGCUGACGUAAGCAGUGAUGUUGUAACUAAUGUGCCAGAAACUCUAAACAUUAAUAGUGCAAGUACUGACAAUUCUACUUCAGAUAUUACUUCUGAACAUGUUUCAAUUGGUGCGGUAGGAAAUACUGCACACAGCACUGAUACAGAAAAAAAUACUAGUUUACAUAAUUUAAAAAUAAUGCCAGAAAACCAUUCACAGCCAAGCAGUGAUAAAUUAGUUUUCACUUCAAAAGAUAUUAAUAGUUCUGAGCCUAUUUUAAAUAGUGUUUGUCCGUCCGAUGGGGCUACUGCACAAAAUACAAAACCUAUAACGGUAGAAAAUUUACAAAAUGCACUUGAUAUGUGUUCAAAUAUCUCUCCAGCUGUUCAGUCUGGAACUUCUUCAAAAAUUUCUUUAAAUUCUUCGAAUUCAAAUUCAUAACAAAAUAUUAUGAAAUCUUUAUUUCAGUUGUGUAAAUAUCAAAUUUGUCUGUUAUACUUAUGUAAAUAGAUGCAUUUUAUUUUUCAAAUUUUCUAUUGAUUAUAAAUAUAUAAAUGGAGAGCAUCUUUGUCUACACACAAGCUUGCUUAUACCCAAGUUUACACAUUCUUAUUCUGGCAAAAUAAGACAUUGAAAAAACUUUUCCUCUUUGAUUUUGGUAAAAAAGAAGUUUCAUUUUAAUCAUUAAUAAAGUUUGAUAAGUUGAUUUGCCGUGUUACAUCAGUCAAAUUUUAUCUCCAUGGGUAUAGCCAAUAUUGUUCCACUCUUGAUAGUUUAUGCCUAAAACUAUAUUCUAUUACUAAUGGAAAUAACUAAUCGUAUCAACCAGUUCAACACUAACACUUUAUUACAACCUUAAUCAAAAGGCUUAGCUUUGUUGGGGGGGUUGGAUGGCCGAAUGGUCUGUCAUUGAGUCAACUGGUGUGGUUUCGAUUCCCCGGUUGUACAUGACACAAAGUAGGGUCGCCUGUCCAACCUCAUGGGUUUUCUCUGGGUCCUCCAUUUUCCUCCCACUGCUAAAAUUGAACCAUGUGUUAGUCCCGAAGUGACCUAAUUUGUGUCAAGUGGACGUUAAACCCCAUUUCUCUCUCUCUCUUAGCUUUGUUAAAAAUAAAAUAUGUUAGUCUCACAACUUUGUUGAGUUGAUGGACCCCAUUUCUGUUUUAGAGGAUGUGUGUGUGUGUGUGUCCUCUCAUUGCAAGUAACUACUGAAAUAGAAUACAUAUGUAAAUGAAAUGAAAUGAAAUGGGGUUUAACGUCCUACUGUUCUGCUCCUAUACUGGGCUAAUGAAGACGGGGACACGCCAUACAGUGUGCUAUGAGGGAAAUUUUGCCCGGGCAGCGGCACUAUCGCCUACUCAUAUAUCUAAUUCCAACUGCCAAGGGAUCUUUUACGUGCAAAUACAUAUGUAUAUGGUAAUCCCAAAAUAAGCUAGAUGGAUGAUAAAAUCCCAGUUCUCCCUUGGUUAUGAUAAAAGCUAAUGUAAUAUUUUAUCAGUAUGAACAAAUCAAAAUAUGUACUCCAGUAAACACCCUUUUAAUGUUUAGUGGGUUGAGUGUUGCUAAUAUACUCUCCGUAGAAUAUAAUACCUUUUUUAUCCCCCAUCUUUAUCCAAGCCUUGUGGGAUUUCUCAAUUACAAAAUAAAGCAAAUUAUGUGUGGACGGAUUUGUCUUAACCAUUUUCUAUGUAGUAUAAUUAAAUGUUCUAUGAACUAAUUAAUUCUAAAUAUUUGUGUGAUACUUUUUCCCUCUUUGUACUUAGACUGAAUAGAGAGUUCAUAUUAUACAUGUACCAAAUGGAAUGCCUUUAAUGUUCAUGUACAUAUAAAACUCAUGCUCAAUAAACUCUAAUUAUAUUUUCCGUAUCUGGUGAAGUUUUGUUCACUUCUGUUUCAAGUUUUCUGUUCUUAAAGUAAAGCUUAUUCAAUAUACUGGUUUGUUUACAUACAGUGUGGAAAUUACCAAUUUAUGAUGUAGGAUAAAAGUUGAUGUAAGUAUCCCGGAGGAAGUGUCCGAUAGGAAAAUUUGUAUUUCAAUAGAUAUAUGUAUGAGAUGUAUGAUACAGAGAUUUUCAUAACAAAUAAUUAUGUUGAAGUCGCUCAAUCUCUCUUGACAAAUCUUUACUGGACAUGUUAAUUUGAAGAGUUGAACUCUCUUUGAUAUGGUCAUAAUUUUGCAUAAUUCACCUCUUGGAACAAAAGUGAUCAUACAAGGUAUUUUGAUCUUAGAUGCAUGCACACAUUUAUAAAAUGUGUCUUUAAGUUGCUAGUUUUUAGUUUAGAUUAAUAUUUAUAUUAUUUAUAAAAUUGCUUUAUGAUUAUGUAUUAAUCUGUAUGAAUUAUAAUGAAGAUAUUUAUUUGUGUGUUCAGUUACAUUUUUAUAAAUGUUUAUAUCUGUUAAGUAGUAGUGCACCUAAUUUUAAUUUUUUGAUUAGGUAUCUUGGACCCUGUUUCACUAAAUGGCUUAUUUAUUAUACUUACUGGUAGGUAUUUUACUUAUAUUAUUACUAUAUGACAUAAUUCCAUAUGCUAUAAUUCCACAUGUGUAGAUCAGAAGGAUGCCCAUACUCAUUCUGUUUAUUGAAACAGGCUCUGUUUACAGAAAAAUAACAAAUUAUUUAGUCAAAUAGUAAAAGUAGUUACCAGUAUUAUUUAAUAGAUAGCCGAAUGAAUGUAGAUCCAUCCAUAUCCUAAUACAAUUUGAGCUCUGCCAUAAAAAGGUGUUUUAAUUAGUUCACCAUUUAUCUUUGCUUGGUAUAAAUACGUCAAUCAGCUUUUAAGACCCUUUUUAUUGCAUAUUUUCCAAAUUAUUUUGAACAAUCAUGUAUAUAUUUAAAAUGUUGAUUUCAUUGAUUUUAGAAUAUAAACAGUUAAAUUUAGAAAUUACUGACUCACAUCUCAAAAUUACUGUAAAAUUUGCUGGUAAAUAUGUUAUUAAUAUACAUGUACUUGCUUUUUUUUCCUAUGAAAUUUUUGAAAGUUUGAAGAAAUAUUAAGCAUAAUCAUAAUUUUAAAAAGACUGAAUGCAGGGUGAUGGUAGUGAUUGUGUUUUUGCAUGAAUACAAUAUGGUCAAAAUUGCAGAAACGAUGCAUUUAUAUAAAAACAACCUGAUUUGAACUUUUAAUAUUGAGUUAUGCGUAGAUCAGUACAUAGGCCUACACAGUGUAUUAAUAUUAUUUUGGUAUGUAUUUGAUGAUUGUGUAUAUAUUAGCUAUAUGGAAUGAAUAUAUUAUAUUAUAGUGACUUUAUAUGUGGAUGUAAAGAUAUUGUUGAUUUAUUAUUGAA